ACGGCCUCUGUGGCCGAAGUCUGUGGGCCUACGACCGCAAAUGUCACAUGUGUCAACCGUUACGGCUCCUACCUGCCCCCUACCUUCUCCCGCGACCCAGACCCAGCGGUUGCCUACACAGGGGCCCUGGUCCCAGACGACCCAACCUGGGCUCUCGUGCAGGAGGCCGACUUUGUCAUCUACGACAAGCAGCGCGGCCUCGAGCUCCUGGGCAGCGAGCCCAAGAUCUACCGUGGCAUCCUCGACGUCCUCAACGUCAUCCACGAGGCCCCCGUCUACGUCGCCGAGGUGAACAAGCUCUUCGUGACGCAGGACGGCCCGCCUGGGUUCCAGGGGAUCCUGUCGCUGGAUCUCAACUACGACCCGCCCAACGUGUCGUUUGUCGAGCUGGACCCACCCAUCUACCAGCCCACAGGCGGCGUGUACAACCCAGCUGACGGCAUGGUGUACCUGGCCGUGCAGGGUUUCAACGAGUCGCUGCCCAACGGUCUGAAGCAGCACGCGGGCAUCGCGCGCUUCGACCCCAAGACCCUCAAGUCCGAGUGGCUGCUCAACAACUACUACGGCUUCAACUUUGCCGGUCCCAACGACAUCACCAUUGACCCUGUGGGUGACAUUUGGUUCACCGACACAGACUACGCCUACGUGCUCUCGGUCUCGGAGGCGCCCAAGCAGCUGCAGCUCGCCACCUGGCGCUUCAGGCCGUCCACGGGCCAGGUCCAGAUCAUGGACACGAGCCUCGACUACCCCAACGGCAUCGGCUUCUCGCCUGACGGCAAGACGCUGUAUGUGACCGACUCUGGGCUCGAGAGCUACAACUCGGUCCCCACCGAGGGCGAGGGCAACUUCUACAACUACCCCAUCUACAUCCAGUUCAACAGCACUGGCCCCCGCAACGUCUUUGCCUGGGACGUUGCCCGCCAGGGUGGUGAUUUGAACCAACCCAUCAUCACGGGAAAGCGUGCCAUCUUCCAGUCGCUUGAGGGUGCCCCUGAUGGGUUCAAGAUUGCGGCAAAUGGUUAUCUGGUCAUUGCUGGUGGCCUGGCUCCGGGCGUUGAUAUUACAGAUCCAUACGGCAACCAAAUUGCCCGUAUCCAGACUUCUCACCCCGUCGAGAACAUCCAGUGGACUGGAGACGACCUGAAUACGCUGUGGCUCGUUGGCAUUGGUGGUUUUACCAAGGUUGAGUUUAACCUUACUGGUCCGGAUCUG